AUUGAAAUGGACCUUAUACCACCCGCCUGCCCCUAAGCCAAAAUGUCGACUUUCAAUGGCAUUAUCCACGAGUUCCCAGAUAUAAGAAUCGACUUCUUUCGAGGAUUCCAAAGUCAGCCCCCAUUGGCUUGCUUCUUAAGCCACAUACAUAGUGAUCAUCUCGCUGGGCUUGACCGGCUUAGAAGCCCAUUUGUCUACUGUUCAGCGGCGACAAGGGAAAUUUUGCUUCGCCUUGAGAAGUACCCCUGUCGGCUGAACUAUGCCAAAGGAAUCUUCGAGGAUCCGCGUAUGCAGACAUACAAGCAUCUUGCCAAAGUGCUGAAGCCUAUUCCUCUUGAUACGCCCACUGAAGUCGAAUUAGAGCCCGGCAAGAGUAUUCAAGUGACGCUCUUGGAUGCCAACCACUGCGCCGGCGCCGUUAUGUUUCUUAUUGAAGGCAAUGGAAGGGCUGUGUUGUACACCGGAGAUAUCAGGAGCGAGCCCUGGUGGGUCAAUUCCAUUGCCAGAAACCCUAGCAUAAUCGAGUACUCAUCCGGACUAAAGACGCUCGACCGUAUCUACCUUGAUACAUCGAUGCUGGAUGACUUCCCCCUGCAGACGAAGGCCGAAGGACUCCACGAACUUUUAGAGAAGAUUGCACGCUACCCAAAAGACACCUGUUUCUUCAUGCAAGCAUGGACUUACGGAUAUGAAGAGGUCUGGGUUGCCCUUUCAAAGGCCCUCAAUUCGAAGAUACACGUCGACAAGUACAAGAUGGGUGUUUAUAAGUCUCUCGCGACGAAACCAAAAGAUAGCCGCUUCGCCGCGCAAACUCACUUGAUCAAGGAAGCACCCUAUCUAGUCGGGUUCACUUGCGGUAAUAACCAGCGCGAGGGUUGCUUAACAUUGUAUGAAAAUGUGCGGAUUCAUAGCUGCGAGAAGGGAACGAGCUGCGCUGUAGGUACAAAACCGAUUGUCUGGAUUAAACCUAUUGUCGCGCAUCUUAAGGACGGGCGGGAUAUGGUUGAAGUAGGCAUUGGUGGGGGCGGCGAUGAUCUAGCUCAAAAACCGAGUCUCGAGGCUGAAGACAUCGUAUCAUUGAUUGACUUAAUCGAGCGGAAUGAUCAAUUGCUUGGUGAACUAGGAACCGAAGUCAAGCGUAUCCUUCAGAAAGCGCGAGUUACUUCCAGAGACAUCGAGAUAGAUAUGGAUGUGUCCGAGUUCACGGAGAAAGAGUCGAUCACGGAAAUUUUCAAAUCAGUCGUCAAGAAAGUAAACGCGAUCCAUAACCCGGUGAAGAAAUUGGAGAAAAACAACCAAUCCAGCACGCUAUCCAAUCGAAUUAUCUUUCCAUAUGCGAGGCACUCUUCUCUUCCCGAGCUGCGACAUCUCGUUAAGACUUUCAAACCAAAGGAUAUUUGGCCAUGUACGGUGGAUCCAGCUGACUGGAUACAAAAGGGUAUCACAAUGCGAGGUCUCUUCGGUGAUCUCUGUACUGAAAAUAUCUUCGAGCAUGACCGUAUGAUAGACCAAAUACAAGAGCUGCAGCGCGAGCCGCAAGGGGAAGUUGAAGAGAGGGAAAGUCAACCGGAAACCCAGCCAGCAGCAGCACUGUUCUCCUCUAGCCCCAUCAUUCCACCCGCCGAGGUGCCUCAACCCCGCGAACCCACUAUGGGGAAAGCUAUCCAGCCAUCUGUAUCCCCACCGCCUCAUAGUAAACGAGAUUACGACUCUUUCCAAAACGGUCAAGAACCGAGUAUCAAGUCGACUUCAUCAUCAGAGGGUGAAUUCCUCUCGGAAGAUUCUCAAGCCUCCGCGCUAUCUGAUCAUGCCUACGACACGAGACUACGCGCCUUCAGAGCAGCACAGGCUAAUAUGGAAGGCGAUGGCCCUUGGAACACUAUCAAUCUCAUAUCAACGACAGACAAUCACAGCACACUCGAUCCGGAGUUAUGA